UACAGCGCCUUAGUGUAAUAUCCUGAGUUUCUGCUGGACUUCAGUUAAAUGGUCAUUCUCUCUCGCACACCUGCUGAGGAAGUAAGCGUGGGUUGUCUGUUGAGGAGGAACAGUGAGCUGAAUAGUUUUGGACUUCUUGCUGCAUGUAUGGAUGAGAGUUUGCUGUGUGGAGGAUGUAUAAACGACGGGAUUACGUUGAGCUCUAUGAGAAGGAUCAGGCCAAGUGGGCUCUUCUGAGGAACGUCAACACUGUCUUCAAACACAGUACUCUGCUGCCGGGCGACUAUGUAUGGCUGGACCUGAAGACUGGGCGGGAGUUCGACGUCCCCAUUGGAGCAGUGGUGAAGCUCUGUGACUCGGGUCAGAUCCAGGUUCUGGAUGAUGAAGGCAAUGAACACUGGAUCUCCCCUCAGAAUGCCACCAACAUUAAGCCGAUGCACCCCACCUCUAUCCACGGGGUGGAGGACAUGAUUCGGCUGGGGGACCUGAACGAGGCGGGGAUCCUCCGUAACCUGCUGAUCCGCUACAGAGAACACCUUAUAUAUACAUACACAGGUUCGAUCCUGGUGGCGGUGAACCCCUACCAGCUGCUCCCCAUCUACACAGCUGACCAGAUACGCCUCUACACCAACAAGAAAAUCGGAGAGAUGCCUCCUCACAUCUUUGCCAUCGCUGACAACUGUUACUUCAACAUGCAGAGAAACAAUAAAGACCAGUGCUGCAUUAUCAGCGGUGAGUCCGGGGCAGGGAAGACGGAGAGCACGAAGCUGAUCCUGCAGUUUCUGGCAGCCAUCAGUGGUCAGCACUCCUGGAUUGAGCAGCAGGUGCUGGAGGCCAACCCCAUACUAGAGGCCUUUGGAAAUGCCAAGACCAUCCGCAAUGACAACUCCAGCCGAUUUGGGAAAUACAUUGACAUCCAUUUCAACAAAAGAGGGGCUAUAGAGGGGGCCAAAAUCGAGCAGUACCUGCUGGAGAAGUCCAGAGUGUGUCGACAGGCCCGAGAUGAGAGGAACUAUCAUAUUUUCUACUGCAUGCUGAAGGGGAUGACUCCAGAGCAGAAGAAGAAGCUCGGCCUGGGAAAAGCUACAGACUACACUUACCUCACUAUUGGAAACUGCACGGUGUGUGAUGGACGUGAUGACCAGAAGGAGUACUCUAACAUUCGCUCAGCCAUGAAGGUGCUCAUGUUCACAGACACAGAGAACUGGGAGAUCUCCAAGUUGCUGGCCUCUAUUCUGCACAUGGGCAACCUCAACUACGAAGCCCGCACAUAUGAUAACCUGGAUGCCUGUGAGGUGGUGCGCUGUGCUGAUCUGGCCACUGCUGCAAAGUUGUUGGAGGUCGACUCUAAGGACCUGAUGAACUGCCUGACCAGUCGCACCAUAAUCACACGAGGGGAGACAGUGUCCACUCCUCUGAGCAUGGAGCAGGCCUUGGAUGUUCGAGACGCCUUUGUAAAGGGAAUAUAUGGACGCCUGUUUGUGUGGAUUGUCGAAAAGAUUAAUGCAGCAAUCUACAAGCCUCCAUCCCAUGAUCUUAAAGCGGUCCGCAGGUCCAUCGGCCUGCUGGACAUCUUUGGCUUUGAGAACUUUACAGUCAACAGCUUUGAGCAGCUGUGUAUAAACUUCGCUAAUGAGAACCUGCAGCAGUUCUUUGUUCGUCACGUCUUCAAGCUGGAGCAGGAGGAGUACAACCUGGAGAACAUCAGCUGGCAGCACAUCGAGUUCACCGACAACCAGGACGCCCUGGACAUGAUCGCCAUCAAACCCAUGAACAUCAUCUCCCUCAUCGACGAGGAGAGCAAGUUCCCCAAGGGCACAGACACCACCAUGCUGAACAAGCUGAACUCCCAACACAAACUCAACACCAACUACAUCCCCCCGAAAAACACCUACGAGACCCAGUUUGGAAUCCAGCACUUCGCCGGCAUCGUCUACUACGAGACGCGAGGUUUUCUAGAGAAGAACAGAGACACCCUUCAUGGUGACAUCAUUCAGCUCGUCCACUCUUCGAAGAACAAGUUCAUUAAGCAGAUCUUCCAGGCUGACGUGGCCAUGGGGGCAGAGACGAGGAAGCGUUCUCCAACGCUGAGCAGUCAGUUCAAACGUUCUCUGGAGCUGCUGAUGCGCACGCUGAGCGUGUGUCAGCCUUUCUUCGUGCGCUGCAUCAAACCAAAUGAGUACAAGAAGCCCAUGCUGUUUGACAGGGAGCUGUGUGUGAGGCAGCUCCGCUACUCCGGAAUGAUGGAAACGAUCCGGAUCCGUCGGGCCGGAUACCCCAUCCGCUACACCUUUGUGGAGUUUGUGGAUCGAUAUCGCGUCCUGAUGCCUGGAGUGAAGCCUGCAUACAAACAGGAGGACCUGAGAGGGACCUGCCAGCGGAUUGCCGAGGCCGUCCUUGGCAGAGACGAUGACUGGCAGAUGGGAAAGACCAAAAUUUUCCUGAAGGAUCAUCAUGACAUGCUGCUGGAGAUCGAGCGAGACAAGGCCAUCACUGACAAGGUCAUCCUCAUCCAGAAAGUAGUCCGGGGUUUUAAAGACAGAUCCAACUUCCUUAAAAUGAAGAGAGCAGCUCUGAUGAUCCAGAAAACUUGGAGAGGUUACUACUGCCGGAAGAACUACGAUGCGAUGCGUGCUGGCUUCUCUCGGCUCCAGGCCCUGUAUCGCUCGCGGAAGCUCUAUCAGACGUACCAUGUGGCCCGGCAGAGGAUUACACUGUUCCAGGCCCGCUGCAGAGGCUGCCUGGUGCGCCGUGCCUUCAGGCACCGCCUCUGGGCUGUUAUCACCAUCCAGGCCUACACCAGGGGCAUGAUCGCCCGCCGCCUCUACAAGAGACUCAAAGGAGAGUACCGGAGGCGUCUGGAGGCAGAGAAGAUGCGUCUGGCUGAGGAGGAGAAGCUGAGGAACCAGAUGAGCGCCAAGCGGGCCAAAGCUGAGGCGGAACGUAAACACCAGGAGCGUCUGGCCCAGCUGGCUCGGGAGGACGCCGAGCGGGAGAAGAAGGAGAAAGAGGAGGCGCGCAGGAAGAAGGAGAUGCUAGAGCAGAUGGAGAAAGCACGCCAUGAGCCUGUGAAUGACUCAGACAUGGUGGAUAAGAUGUUUGGGUUUCUGGGUACCACCAAUUCCUUCCCUGGGCAGGAGGGCCAGGCGCCGGCCGGGUUUGAGGACCUGGAGCGCACUCAGAAGGAGCUGGAGGAAGAGGAUCUGGAUGAAGCUCUUCCUCUGCCUGAGGAAGAGGAGGAGGACCUGUCUGAGUAUAAAUUUGCCAAGUUUUCUGCCACCUACUUCCAGGGCACCAGCACACACACUUACAUGCGCCGUCCGCUCAAACAGCCUCUGCUGUUUCACGAGGACGAGGGUGAUCAGCUGGCUGCGCUGGCGGUGUGGAUCACAGUCCUGCGCUUCAUGGGUGACCUUCCAGAACCCAAAUACCACACGGCCAUCAGCGACGGCAGCGAGAAAAUCCCUGUCAUGACCAAGAUCUACGAGACACUGGGCAAGAAAACCUACAAGAGAGAACUGCAGGCCCUGCAGGGCGAGGGAGAGAACGCUCACAUUGACAGUCAUAAGAAGAACAGUGUGCGUCACAAGCUAGUGUCCCUCACCCUUAAGAAGAAGUCAAAGAUUACUGAGGAGGUGACCAAGCGUCUGAACGAUGGUGAGUACACGGUGCACGGGAACAGCAUGCUGGAGGACCGGCCCACGUCCAACCUGGAGAAACUUCACUUCAUCAUCGGCAACGGCAUCCUCCGUCCCGCGCUCAGAGAUGAAAUCUACUGUCAGAUUUGUAAGCAGCUGACCCAGAACCCGUCCAAAAGCAGCCACGCCCGCGGCUGGAUCCUCCUGUCCCUGUGUGUGGGCUGCUUUGCCCCCUCCGAGAAGUUUGUGAAGUACCUGAGGAACUUCAUCAGUGAAGGACCUCCAGGUUACGCUCCGUACUGCGAGGAAAGGCUCAGGAGGACGUUUGUGAAUGGCACCAGAACACAACCCCCCUCUUGGCUUGAGCUCCAAGCUACUAAGUCUAAGAAACCCAUCAUGCUGCCCGUGACCUUCAUGGAUGGGACCACGAAGACACUGCUGACCGACUCGGCCACCACAGCUAAGGAGCUGUGUAACGCCCUGUCAGACAAAAUCACCCUCAGAGAUCGCUUCGGCUUCUCUCUCUACAUCGCCCUGUUUGAUAAGGUGUCGUCUCUGGGCAGCGGCAGUGACCAUGUGAUGGACGCUGUGUCACAGUGUGAGCAGUAUGCUAAAGAGCAGGGAGCUCAGGAGCGUAACGCCCCCUGGAGGCUGUUCUUUAGGAAGGAAAUCUUCACGCCCUGGCACGACCCCACUGAGGACGGGGUGGCCACUAACCUCAUCUACCAGCAGAUCGUACGCGGGGUCAAAUUCGGAGAGUACCGCUGUGACCGGGAUGAUCUAGCAGAGCUUGCCUCUCAGCAGUAUUAUGUGGACUAUGGUUCGGAGAUCCUGGUGGAACGUCUUCUCAGCCUCAUUCCGUCCUACAUUCCUGACCGAGAAAUCAGCUCCGCCAAGACGGUGGAGAAAUGGGCCCACUUCAUCAUGGCUGCCCAUAAAAAGGGCAUUUACACGCAGAAACGAGUGGACCCCCAGAAGGUCAAAGAGGAAGUGGUGGAUUUUGCUCGAUACAAGUGGCCUUUGUUAUUCUCAAGAUUCUAUGAAGCCUUUAAAUUCUCAGGGCCCAGCUUACCUAAGAACGAUGUAAUUGUAGCGGUGAACUGGACUGGAGUUUACUUUGUGGACGAACAAGAGCAGGUUCUUCUGGAACUCUCUUUCCCUGAGAUCACUGCUGUCUCCAGCAGCAGGGGAGGGAAACUCCAGGGGCAGAGCUUCACCUUGGCCACCAUUAAAGGAGAUGAGUACACCUUCACCUCCAACAACGCAGAGGACAUUCGAGACCUGGUCGUCACUUUCCUCGAGGGCCUCAGGAAGAGGUCAAAGUUUGUAGUGGCACUGCAGGAUAACCCGAGUCCAGUUGGUGAUGACUCGACGUUCCUGAGCUUCUCCAAGGGUGACCUCAUCCUGCUGGACCAGGACACGGGCGAGCAGGUCAUGACCUCUGGCUGGGCGCAUGGGAUCAACGACAGGACCAAACAGAGAGGGGACUUUCCAGCUGACUGUGUCUAUGUGCUGCCCACUGUCACCAGACCUCAGCCUGAUGUUGUGGCUCUGGUUACUAUGACGCCAGACCAGCGUCAGGAGUCGAUCCGCGUGUCCCAGGUAGCUCUGCCGGAGAGUGUGGAGAGAGUGAAACCUUACACAUUGGAGGAGUUCUCCUACGACUACUUCAGGCCGCCUCCUAAACACACUCUAAGCCGAGUGAUGAUCACGAAGAACCGAGGGAAGGACAAGCUGUGGUGCUGCACGCGAGAGCCCAUCAAACAGCCCCUGCUGAAGAAGGUCCUGGCCCAUGAGGAGCUCUCCCAGGAGGCCUGCAUGGCUUUCAUUGCCAUGAUGAAAUAUAUGGGCGACUAUCCGUCCAAACGGACUCGCUCUGUGAACGAACUGACAGACCAAAUCUUCGAGGGGGCGCUGAAGGCGGAGCCGCUGAAAGAUGAGAUCUACUGUCAGAUUCUCAAACAGCUAACUGAGAAUCAUGUGAAGUACAGUGAGGAGAAAGGCUGGGAGCUGUUAUGGUUGUGUACUGGACUCUUCCCUCCCAGUAAUGUCCUCCUGCCCCACGUCCAGAGAUUUCUCCAGUCAAAGAAACACCAUCCGCUCGCCCUGGACUGCAUGCAGAGACUGCAGAAAGCCUUACGGAACGGCUCCAGGAAGUAUCCUCCUCACCUGGUGGAAGUGGAGGCGAUCCAGCACAAGACAACUCAGAUCUUUCACAAAGUGUACUUCCCAGACGACACAGACGAGGCUUUCGAGGUCGAGUCCAGCACCAAGGCUAAGGACUUCUGUUUGAACAUCUCCGGCCGCCUGCUGCUCAAAUCUCCGGAGGGCUUCAGCCUGUUUGUAAAGAUUUCCGAUAAGGUGAUAAGUGUUCCAGAAGGUGAUUUCUUCUUCGACUUUGUCCGACAUCUCACUGACUGGAUCAAGAAAGCCAGACCUGCUAAAGAUGGUAUAGUGCCUUCAUUGACCUACCAGGUGUUCUUCAUGAAGAAGCUGUGGACUAACACAGUCCCAGGAAAGGACUCUUUUGCUGACUCUAUCUUCCAUUACUACCAGGAGCUUCCUAAGUAUCUUCGCGGUUACCACAAAUGCUCGCGAGACGAAGUCUUCCAGCUGGCAGCUCUGAUCUACCGAGUCAAAUUUGAAGACGACAAAUCCUACUUUCCCAGCAUCCCUAAAAUGCUGAAAGAGCUGAUUCCCCAGGACCUGAUCCGCCAGCUCUCCCCUGACGACUGGAAGCGGUCGAUUGUGGCGUACUUCAAUAAGCACGCUGGCAAGUCGAGGGAGGAGGCCAAGCUGAUGUUUCUGAAGAUCAUUUUCAAGUGGCCCACGUUCGGCUCUGCUUUCUUUGAAGUGAAGCAAACCACUGAGCCCAACUUCCCUGAGAUCUUGCUGAUAGCCAUCAACAAACACGGAGUGAGCCUCAUAGACCCAAAGACCAAGGACAUUUUGACCACCCACCCCUUCACAAAGAUCUCCAACUGGAGCAGUGGAAACACGUACUUCCACAUCACCAUCGGCAACCUGGUGCGAGGAAGCAAGCUGCUCUGUGAAACCUCGCUGGGCUACAAAAUGGACGACCUGCUGACGUCCUACAUCAGCCAGAUGCUGACCACCAUGAGUAAGCAGCGGAGCUCGCGGGGCCACAGCAAGUGAACGUCUUACUGGCGGGAGGCGGCGGAGCUGGUGCGUCUGCUGCGGCCCAUGGGCCAGCCGUGCAGCUGGAGCCGGACCUUCGCGUGGCAGCUGUGGAGGAUGAGCCGCAGCCCCUCCGCUAGCUCCCUGGGCUCCGGAUACCCCGACCUAGAUGACGAUGAUGAUGCCAUUUCUUCUCCCUCCACUGAGGACACCUACCUCUGACUGGACCUGGGGCUGGAGACUGAGCUACCGGCCAUAAAGCUGCUAGCCUCCCGCCUCUGAUAAUAAAUAUAAUGAUAAUAAUACAUUUUAUUUAUAUAGCGCCUUUACGAAGCUCAAGGUCGCUCUACAAAUCAUCAACAAUGAAGAGCAAAGCCCAGCAAUGAUGCACAUUAAUAACAAGGAAAACAAGAGAGAAGAACAGAAAAUUAAACAGGCAAGAAAAAUAUACAACCAAAAGAAAUAAAAUGAGUGAAUAAGAGACAACAAACACUGUGAGGUAUAGACAGAUAAGGAAACGUUUUCAGUGUAAUUCUGUACACUAUACCUGAUUCUGUGACACAAACAUUGAUGUUUAAGUGGCUUCGUGGGACGGUUGCUCUGCUGAUAGUGCAUGUGAGAGUUAUGGACAGAGUGCAGCUGAACGCAGGUUAUAAAUGAGCUGCAGUGUCUUUAUGUUUUGAAUUAUGCAAGAAAGCUUUUACCAGUUAAUUUGGGUACAAUGUCAUUUUUACGACUAUUAUAAAUACUAUCAUGAAUCAUGAACAUAUAAUUAAGCACAGCAGUGUUUCGUUUAAGGGUUUCCUCAUAAAGCAAGUGCCCAACUGUUCCUGGGCAGUUUUUACUUUGGGCUGAAGUUGUGUAAUAUUUAAAGGGGCAUUUUGGCCUAAAACCGUCAUUUUACCGUGUUAAUAUUUGUCAUUUUUGUCCUGUUAUGUAAUAUUCUGCAGUACAGCCUCUUCGGUUUGACACAGUUCAUAAUUUUGUGUCCUCUUUUGUCCAUCAGUGUUGUCUCACUACAAUACCCAGCAUGCAUUAGGCAAAUAUAUUACCCAACCAUUAGGACCCCCACAGCAGUCCUAACAGCUAGCAUAGCCACUUAGUCUAAUAAAUAAAGAACAAAAACGUUUCAAAAAGCCCAAAAAAACACCCCAAAGCUGUUGUGGUUUUUCAAAAGCUCCUCCCACCUUCAAGGUACAUCAUCGGAAGGGGAUUUUCUUAGUUUUUAAACCAGAAAAUCUCCUGUGACACUGCCGUAAAUUGUGAAUAGGCAUGUUUUAAACCGGUGUAGCGAUGGUUAUAUUUGUCAAUUUGGCCAGAGCACCCCUUUAAUUUAUGAUGCAGCCCAUCUUAUGAAAAAUCAGGGUGGUUUGGAUGUUCCAACCAAAAUAGGCAUGUUAUUUUCUCAACUAUAGCUGUGGAAAUGUAGAGCCCAGGGAUAAGAGGUCUGAUGGAAGGUUUUGUAAGAGCUUAUGUUGUAUUAUGUGAAUUGUAAACUGACUGUAGCAUUUUUAUAUCUUAGCUUUCUGUUGGAAGCCUUAAUUUGUUCAUUUUUGAAUUGUGUGUGUAAGUACUGUAUGUUUUUAUAGGUGUGAACACUGUGAAGUAGAUUUGUAAGGGUUAAUGGAUUAAUCUAGAAUCUUUUAGGCUUCUAUUUGUUUUUAAUGUUGGGUCAAAGAAAUGGUUCUCAGAAGAGUCAGCGCUUCUACAGUCCUCAUUGUGUAAGCUGAAGGAUUGUUAGGCUGGCGAACAGUGAGAAAGGGAGUUAUGAAACUCAUGGCCUUAUUUCAUGAUCGUGUCUGUGUAACGAGGGGCUGGAAUGUGGAAAGUCUAACCUAGUUUGUGAACUUUAUUUUUCAUGUGGCUUAUUAACACUUUCAAAGCUCGACCUUUAACCGUUCUAGGAUCUACGUAUCUGGUGUUUAUUUUGGUUCUGGUAUUGUCUUUAGAGUGUUCUUUGUGUUCUUACCCUGGUCCUCCUCCACGUUGUGUAGAUAUGUUGCUAAAGUAAAGGUUUAAAGGUCAUUUUAUCAUUUCAUAUAUGUUUACUUGACCUGAGAUGACUCAAAUGAUGAGGGUCAGAAUAUUCGGGUUGUCAAGUUGCUUCAAGUGUAUCAGGCCAAACUACAGUACUGGGCUUCAUUUAUUUAAUUUCUAGUCAAAAUUGCAUGUAAGUACAAAUAUUUUUCAACAUCUGAGAAAAAAAAACAGAUUUAUUUACUGAUUUUUUAUUACAGCUUCCAUUCUUUUC